AUGAGUCGCAAGGGAGACAGCGUAACUUCCGCCAUUUCUCGCCAUUCUCAUUCGACGAGAACAGCUUCGGCCAUUUCCUUGGCCCGACCGGCGAGAUAUCGCCAAUUUGAAAUCGACAGUGAUGAAAACGAAGAUGCCCCGGAUUCAGACCAUGAUGCUACACUUUCAGAUGGAGCCCCUUCCAGAAACCCUCAAGGACCACAACCUGACACCAAGCCAGAAGAUACCGGACCUGAGGACCAAGCUGACAAGCAAGACAACAUCAUAUGUGGCAAGCUAAAGAGCAAGUGCCGACUCCGCCUCCAUAAAGAACUUCGAAGCAGUGGCGAACGGGCAGCCCCACGUUGGUAUGAAGGAGUCCCAUCUACCAAGGACAUUGACAAGGAAACUGGGGAAUUUAUUAUUCACGGUCAACAAUAUGGUCAGUGUCGGACCGAGAAGGAAAUGGACGAGCAUCUCAACCGAGUCUCCACUGAGGUUCUCUCCAUCUCAGACGACGAGGAAGAGCAUGAUGACACCGAUGUCAAUACUAGCAAAGUGGAUUCUGAGGGACAAUUCUUGGAUGGCUCAGACAACGAUCACCAAGACGACCUUGACCGAAUCAAUGAACUGAUCGCUGAGAUCGAAGAGGCAAAGUUGAAGAAGCUGAAAGCGGAGAAGGCAAGAGUGGAGGCAAAGAAGGCGGCAAGCCAGUCUCCUCGUAAGAAGAAGCGCACCCCAACCCGGAAGAAAACUAGGGCAACCUCCCAGAGGAAAGUUCCCAUCGCGAGAAAGAGGACACUGAAGGGAACAACGCCCAAACAAGUCACUAUUGAAGAAGGUAACAAUACUCUGAAGUCUCCCCCCCAGCCACCUACGACCGCCAGAAUACUCGAACCGGAGUUAGCGGCUGCUGAAACUCAGAACAAUCAGCCCGUCCUCCAAUCUGUCCUUGAAGCCAUCCAUCCCUACUUUGUAAAGCUUCAGGACUCAGCGGAUAAAAUGAGCAACGCAGCCAGACGGAUGGAGCAAGAACGAGAAGAAGCAAGAUUGCGAAUGUCCGCUAUCAACAUGGGACAGGAACAACCACAUCCUUCUGGUCCAACUCUGGUGGAUGGGACCCGACCAAUCAGUGCCAACCCCAUCCACAAUCCAGCAUCAACGGCUCCAGCAAUAUCCCCUGAAGAACCCCUGAGGCCGGCUUUCCACCAGGCCACGAUCAAGAGCUACCAAGCGGACAGUUCUAAAGGCAAUGAGGAGGAAAUCCAUGGAGUUUCUAUUACAAGUCUAGAUAUCGAUCGAGCAAUGAUGCCGGAGGGUCUCAAGAACGCCAAAAUUAAAGGAUUGUGGGACAGAGCAAGCGAUAUGGCGGCAUUACCAGGUAAGUGCUCGCCAGGAGGGGGUGAUAGUGAAAGUGGUGGAGCAGGUGAGGAAGUGAUGAACCAGCUCCUGGAAACCUUUGGGUCGGACAGCACCAAGAUCGCCCUGCUAGACACUGGCUAUUGUCGAAAAGGUCGCCAUGGACUUGGCCUCAUCACCAGCAGCAACAAACUCCACGAAGCCUGCCAGAAGAUCCUCAAGAAAGAAGAAGACACCUUCAAGAAUCAACGCUUCCAGUUCCUACACUACCUGGUCCGACUGGGCUAUUCGACUGAAUUUGUGGAAGAUUACGUUGAACGAGGUCUGAUGCCCCGCAUCAUCAAGGAAACCUAUGUCAACUUCUUGGCCCUUCUCAACAAGAUCCGCCACAAAGAUAUGGGCUCGGAUGAAGCCUGGGAAGACUCGGAGGCCUACGUCAUACUCCAGGUCCACUCGGAGAAUCUCCUGGACAUCCGCACAAACUCCAACAGCAAGAAGAUGUUGCUCCUCCAAAAUUACAUCUACCUACGCAAUGCCCGCAAGAAGGACUUUGACAGCAACACCAUCACUGAAAAGAACAUUGGAAGGGUCGACAAGAUGAAUCAGAAGCUCCAAAGGGAGUUGGAAUCUCUUCAGGCGGCCAAGGGUCGAGGAGGCCGGGAACCUACCAAGGACAAGGACAAGGACAAGGACAAGGAAGGAGAUUCGACCCUCAAAAAGUGUUCUCAAUGCAAGAGUCGAACCAUGCACACUGCCUUGAAACUGGAGCACAACAAGACUGUUUGCCCCCUGGCAAGGCAUGCCGGCUCAUGGGCCAAGGUCGCGGCGGAACAAGUUGCCACUGCCGUCUUAGCAAACAAAGAGCGCCCAGUUGGAGAUAUUAUCAAGGAAGUCUCAGACAACUGGCCCAAGAAAUCCUAA